AUGGUGGGGGACGGUUCUGAUACUCUAUUUUGGACUGAUCCCUGGUUGGAUGGGGUAUCGUUGAGGGAGAGGUUUGGGCGUCUUUUUAUGUUGGCAGAGACCAAAUUUCUCUCGGUUGCAGAGAUGUGGCAGUGGCGCCCAGAUCCAGACACAGGUUAUACUGUCAGGGGAGCUUAUCAGAUUUUGACUUCUCAGGCUUCAGUUACGUUGCAUGUUGCGGAGAAUCUUAUAUGGCAUCCUCAGGUUCCGUUGAAGGUGUCCAUUUUUGCUUGGCGUUUAUUGCGGGAUAGAUUGCCCACGAGAGCCAACCUGGUCAAUCGUGGUGUUUUAUCUUCUACAGCUGACACAUGUGUUUUUGGUUGCGGAGUGGCUGAGUCGGCACAUCAUUUAUUUCUUUCAUGUAGCUUCGCUGGAUCUCUAUGGGACUUAGUUCGCGGUUGGGUUGACUUUUCUCCAGUGGUUUCUACUACUUUGCGUGAUCAUUUUGCCCAGUUUACAGCUUCUGCAGGUGUAUCUCGAGCGCGGCGGUCCUUUAUGCAGCUUCUUUGGCUCGCUUGUGCUUGGGUGGUUGAGGAUGACGAGUAUCACGUUAGCUUUAAACUACCAUAG